AUGUCGUACCAAGGAUUUGGUUACUCUCCUUACCAGUACCUCCAUGGUACCUCAUACUCUUCCAUGCGCGAAAUCCCUGUCACUCACCCUUCAUCAACUCCAAAUAUCCAGCCAUCAGCAGAUCGAAGCUACGGGCAGCAGCAGAGUUAUGAGUGGCAAGGGCAGAACGGUACAGAUAUAUCAAGCCAAAGCCCACGGCCGCAGCAGGAGACUGAGAGCUGGCAGCCCUCAAGCAAUCCAUUCCCUAGCUACGGAUAUCAGCAUCAGCAACAAACGAACUAUCAUACUUCCAAUGCUACACCGUCAAUAUCGCCGUCAUUGUCAUCGCAACAGGCCCAGCAGUCCCAUCGGAGACAAAGCCAACUUAUUUCACCAACUCUGAAAAGUAUCCAGUAUCCCUUGGAGCCCAUUGCCAUCCCCAACUCCUCGGUGGAUCCGGUAUCAACCGCUUCCCCUUCUACAAACAUGAGCUAUGACACGGAUCCUCCAGUACAGAAUAGGUCACCGGCGAUUGUUUCUCUACGGAUUGACCGUCCAAAUUCUUCUCAAUCCUUGAGAACUACUGCUGCUUCAGCUAUGACUUCUCUCUCUUCCAGCAUUACCGCUCCUCGUGCCAAUUCCCAGAGGCUGAUGACUGGACCUGCUGGCUCCUCCUCAACAUCGCAUUCUUAUAAUUCAAGCCAUGGGCCUCCUCGCUCCAAUUUAGCGUCCCUAGGUCCCACAGUAAUGUCCUCACCUUCAGCUCACCAGAGCCAGCCGUUUCGUCAACAGAACAUUUCUCCGCAGUCUAGUAGAACGUCAACACCAUCAGCCCAGUCAAACAUACGUCGGAGCCAACCCUCUUUAUCCCACGCACCCCUCAAGCAUUCUUCGUCCAUGCUAGCCACGCCGUCAACAUAUUCUGACCGUUCAACCUCUCAAGAGCACCACGCAGCAUACAAUAUUGUCAACACCUCUCAACAGCACCCUACCGUGUCACAUGCCCAAAGUACCCCGUCAAAUCCCCCCCACAUAAAUUCUACCGCCGAAUAUCAAACGGCGAACCUAAGCCAAUCACAAUCACAUCAGCCAGCUACGCCAAGCUAUAUCGACCCCAGUCAAAUCUACAAUCCGUAUUACCAGGAAUACCAGAAAAUGAAAGCAGCACAGGCGGAAGCGGAAGCUGAAAGGCUGAAGCAAAAACAGAAGGAAGACGAGAAACAAGGUGAAAUAGAGAGUCAAAGGGAGGAAGAGAGACGUGUGCAGGUCGCGAGAGAGAUAGUAGAGAUAGAGGAAAAUCAGAAUCGAGCUACUGAUACCAAAAUUGACCAAAAGAUAGACAGUACAGUAACAUUUACUGCCCACCCACAUGCUGAGAGAACACAAUCUGAAAGCCUCGCAGUAGCUAAUCCAUCCCCUUCGGAGACACAUAAACGAAGUCAGAAACCCGUCCCAAAAAAUAGGCUACAAGUUCCUAACGCCACUAAUUCACGACAGCAAAAACCUAGAAGUACCAUGAAACACCAACGUCGUCAGCGGAAAUCGCAGAUAAAACUUUCCCCUCCUCCGCCCGUCGGGGUGCCGGUGAGUGUCCCUCAAGCAGAGCUCGCGCCCACUGCUCCACCUAGCGAAAGUCAAAGUCAGACACUUUCAACGGCGGCCCAAACCCCAGGUGAAGGACGGCCUAGUGAAGAUGAAGACUUGGAAAUGGAAUUGAUGUUGGAAAAAAUGAAACAACUCAAAUCCAAGGACCCGAGCAAAUUUGCCAAGUUACUAAGCGGACUGGAAAUGCCGGAACCUGUUACGGCCACAUCCCAUGUCGUGGAGGAUCAACGAACAGCCAAAAAUCCAGUAUCUACACCAGCCACUUUGGCUCCCAUGAAUCCCACAGAUGAGAGCAAUUCAAUCCAUGAUCGCGGCAAAUUCCCCGCAGCUCGGCGAAAACGGAAGCCAAAGCAUGUUGAUGCUGUUAAUUGUAUAGCUCAACCCUCACCUAUCAGGCAUGAUAUACAACAGCCCGCACCAGCUCCUUCUUCACAGCCCGAAACCCAUAAUGGAGGCCGGGCUCCCCGAACGGACUCGGCUAUGGGAAUUGGGAAGCUGAUAGAUACUAAUAAAUCAGAAUCUGCAUCAUUUCCAGCCUCAGCUCAAGCUGCAACGCCAGCCGCCGAACUUGCUCCUGAGCCUGCACCUGAGCCUGCACCUGAACCUGCACCUGAACCUGAAACUAGGCAAACAAAGGAAGAAACCCGUAAGGUUGCUACGAUCUGGCCUGAGCCGAAGCGAUUAGCCCUCGCCCAAGCGGCCUCAAGAUAUAUCGAUGACGUCCUUAGUAAUCGCAACCAGGGCAAGAAAUGUCCUCCAGAGAUGGUAUUAUCGCUGAUAGAUCAGAAUCCAAGCUAUAUUGAGCUGUGCGGAAUGUUGGAAUCUCGGGGCUAUGUCUUGAAUCGCGUUCAUUUCGCGAAACAUUUACUCAACGCUAUGCCAGAACUAACGACAAGUUCCAGUGUUACUGCUCGUCCGAACCGGGCCGCGAAUGGGCCAUCUUCCACUGCUAGGAAAGCGCAAAUCCAACCUCUCCCAGCUGCAAUGCCCAUUCCACCAGCAGCUCAAGAUACCAGACUUGCCCCAAGAGAUGAUCCUGUUCCCAUUACUCCAGUAUCCAUGUCGCCGCCAGAGCCUGACACUCAGGCUGUGGGGAACAAAGUGGAGCUCCCAGCUCCAUCAUUGACACCCAUACCACCACCGGCCAACAGAUCCCCUCUAUAUUUCAGGCAGCAACAACCUCCAGUGUCAGUCCCGCCAGAAAAUCAGGUCCCCGGUUUUAUAAGUCCUCCACCACCUUCAGGAACCUUUUCAAUGGGAUUCCAAGCUCCUGGUUACGCAGGGCCAUGUUACCGCAAAAGCCAGCCGUCGUUUCGACACAGCAGAGGUGACCCGGCUCUGGUUGGAAACAAACUGAAAUCCAAGCUCCACGUUCCUGUACCACCUGCGCAGGUGCCUGCUCCUGGUUCCAAGGAGGCACUCGCUAAAAAGCGAACGUUUGCAGAGAUUGUGGAUUUUACACAACUUUCAAGUGACGAAAACGAUUCACCCCACCCGUCAAAAGCAUCGCGCUUAGAGGACGUACCGACCCAGAGCGAAGCAAAUGUGGAAGUGAAUGUUGAAGAAGUACCAGCAUGGGCAUCGGAAACGGCUGGGACGCCUGGAACACAGGCGAAGACGCCCGAUUUGUCCCAAUUUAAUAUGCCAGAUGCCGAUGUUUCUACCAGCAAUGAAAAGUUACCGAAGCGGGGCGAUAUCGUCAAGCCUCUCAACAAGACGCAGGCUUUGAAAACGCGCUACUACGACCCGAAGAGCAUUGCGAGAGAUCUCUUAAUCGCAACCGGUCGCCACCCAACAGAGCGUCCAUUGAACCAACAUCUUUCGAAACUGCGAGAUAAUUUUUCUGCUGUAGAUAACUCAUCUGAUUUGUGCACGUUCCGGUGGGACAUUGUCGAUCCUGGAGGGCCGCCACCACCUGAAGCCCCUCUUGUUUCUGCCACCUCCAGACCUCCCCUUUUCACUCUCUGCAAACAUGCAAAGUCCAGAUCCGUUAUCGGCCGCUUACAUAACAUAUUACCACGUGACUCGACAAAAGGCGUUAGUCAUAGUCCUUCACUACACACCUGUCAAACAGCCAACAUUGAUAACUCGCCACCUCACAUUCAGCAAGAGAGCAAUAUCGACAGCAGAACUAAAAUCUCCGUGAUGAGUUCAUCUCACAUUCCAUUGUCUCGCCGACGCGGACGACCAGCAGGCGCGAAGAAUAAACCUCGAUUCGCAGACCGAGUUGAGAUCACCAUUCCGACAAGUUCAUCGCCAAAAACGCUUCAUCCAUUUCAUACGUACAAAUGCCAGUGGCAAAACUGCGAUGCCGAACUUCACAACCUCCAAACACUCCGAAAGCACGUCACCCGCCUCCAUAUCCCCAAAAACAAUGGGAUGGAGACUUCUUGCUUAUGGGCUGGUUGCAGUGGUCGCGGGAUUAUGUUUGGAAGUAGGAGGCUGGCAGAUCAUGUGGAGAAUGAACAUUUAAGCGCCCUCGCAUGGACCCUGGGGGAAGGGCCAGGGUCUGUAAGAUCUGGUCAUCGAGAUUACAAUAUCGCCGACUACCUCAAUGACAGCAAUGGACGCGCCGUGGUCGCCAGGGCAAGCGCGAAAGGCACACGACCUACCUUGAUUCUCCCCGCCGCAUACAGAUCGAUCCGAUGCUUCAACAAGAUGUAUGGAAACGAGAGCGACAAAGCCAAAGCGCUGGAGGUAUUGCGGGCACUGGAGAUGAAACAAAGACAGGAGACGGUUGUGGCGUUUGAAAGGGUUUUUGAGAUCGUCCCUGAAGACAAGGAGGGUCUUUAG